AUGCUUUUCUAUUCAUUUGAUGUCAAUUCCAAUCAUGAAGAAAUUUCACCAUUAUCAAAUCGUUUUCUAGUUGCACAUUCAUCACCAGUACAUGAAUUAACAAUAACUGAUGUAGUAGUUACUCGUAUACAAGAUGAUUCAUUUCAAUCAUCAUCAUCAUCAAAUUCAAAAAGUAGUUCAAGUACAACGAGUCGUUCAUCACGUCGUCAAUUU